GCCCUCAAACUCCCCCAACAGACUGUCGAAUCCAUUCGCGCACCGGUAGUGAGCUAAAGCAAGAGAAGAAAACUUUUAUCCCAGUCGUUAUACUGACACUCACACUGUUAAACGACACAACUUUCUGAGCAAACAAACUCUAGACCAUUUACAGCCAUUUUGGCAGCUCCUCAGAGGCGACACGUGUGUCAUGAAAACGCGUUUGCGCUCUCAGCACCGGUGACUCUUCAGUCUUUCACAGUACAGCACUAGGAAGAGUGCAAAAAAGACGGAUGUAACACAAUGAACCGUGCAGCGAACGACACGACGUAGCGUUGCUGGUUUUUGGGUACACUCAGAAACGUGCUUUCUUUUUCUUAUGCCUUUUACUGAAGGAAUAUUUCUCCUAAGGAUCGCUUCUCACGCGUAAAGGAGCGUGUGUUUCUCAGAAGGAUUUACUAAAGGUUACCAAUGGGGUCUCAAGGGCCAGGACGUAAAAGAACCCCCAGCAAAAAUGGGUUGACUGCUGAGGAAGAUGCUCUCAACGUAAUCGCUAAAGAGGCUGAAGCCCGUUUGGCAGCUAAGAGGGCGGCCCGUGCAGAAGCUCGUGAGAUCAGAAUGAGAGAACUGGAGAGACAACAGAAAGAGAUAUAUCAGGUGCAGAAGAAAUACUAUGGACUGGAUAACCUGGACAACAAAUGGGGGGACAUUGAGCAGUGGAUGGAGGACAGUGAGCGAUAUACACGUGUCUCACGGAGACAUGCUUCGGCAUCAGAUGAUGAAGAACGGAUGUCAGUGGGGAGCAGGAGCAACAUACGGUUGGAUUUGGAUGCUGCGGGUGCUUACGGCGGGCUUCCCCAGUCCUCCUCCUAUCAGUCACAUAAGAAGUCCAAGAAAAAGAAGAAACAUUCUUCCAAAACCAGCAAUGGCUGUGACGAUGAUCUCAGCACAUUGUCUAGUCGGAGCUCCAGACUUAGUGAUGACAGCAAAAUGUCUCGCUCCUCUAAACUUGAUCGGCAGUCGACUGCCUACUAUUCAUCUGAGCUGUACAGCAGCAGUAGUCAUUCUUCUAAACAUCAAGCCCCUUCCUACAAUGGCUACCAGCUAUCUUUGCUGCACAGCAGGAAGCACAGGGGGUCUAUAUAUGAGGACGGUCUCUACAGUGGUUCUCGUCGCUCCAGUGCUCGUGCUUCCUCUGAAUACAGUGGUUUCCUGGGCUCCAGCUCUAGGACUUCGUCCAGAGCAAAUUCUGCGUGUGGCAGUCCGGUGGAGGACUGCAGCAGCUCAGUGGCUAGUUUUAUGCGCAGCACAGCUAGUAUCAGUGGCCUCUCUAGAGACCUUGACCGUGUGGUCAUUCCUGACCUGCCAAAUGUUAAUGGGAGGCUGUCUAUGGCUGAUGACAGGUUAGAGCGAGACUACUUGGAAAAGGGCUCUUCACGAGCAUCGACUAUUUCUGGCUCCACUCUUACUUCUCUGGGUGGGACAUCCUCAAGGAGAGGAAGUGGCGAUACAUCCAUCUCUGCUGAUACAGAAGCGUCCAUAAGGGAAAUAAAGGAGAUCCAUGAGCUUAAGGAUCAGAUUCAAGAUGUGGAGGCGAAGCACAUGCAGAACCUCAAAGAGCUCAAGGAUUCCCUUUUGGAAGUGGAAGAGAAAUAUCGUAAGGCCAUGGUCUCCAACGCACAGCUGGACAAUGAGAAGACCAAUAUGAUGUAUGAAGUCGACACUUUGAAAGACUCUUUAAUGGAACUGGAGGAGAUGCUCUUUGAAACACGCCGUGAGCUCGAGGAAAAGUGUAAGGACCUUGAACGAGAGAAGUAUGCUCAUAGUAUACUGCAGUUUCAGUUCAAUGAAUUGAAGGAGACACUGAAACAGAGUGAAGAACUGCUCACUGAGAUCCGCCAAUUACGACUCAAGCAAGACGGCUAUGUUAGGGAGAUUUCUGACCUCCAGGAAACUAUUGAGUGGAAGAAUAAAAAAAUUGGGGCAUUAGAGAGGCAGAAGGAAUUUUCUGAUGCCAUUCGAAAUGAGCGGGAUGAGCUUAGAGAUGAGGUUGUUCAGCUCAAAGAUGUUUUGAAGAAACAUGGCAUUGUCCUUGGACCCGACUUGACCACCAAUGGAGAAACGGGGGAAGAAGUCGGAAAGGCUGAUGAGAAUUCUCAAACAGCAUCAGCUGAAAUCCGAGAGGGCAGUAGCGUACUAGGCACUCAUCAGUUGAAGGAGUGUAAAGACCAGCAACAAAAAGAUUUGGAUGACGGGGUGCCAGAGAAUCAGCAGAUUUCACAAGCUCAGAUCAGUUCUACAAACACGCCUCUAGAAGCUCAUGAGAAUAGAAACCUUGAGGACCAAGUGAAUCAUGGUGUAGAGGAGCUUGAGAAUAAAUCUGAAGAACCUUCAAGUUCUGUUGGUGAUGAUGAACUCACUGCAACAAGACCCACGGAGGAGAUCAAAUCUGAGGAACAUACACCAGAAGAGUCAAAAGAUAAUACUGUGGAAUUAGAGUGCAACGUUCACAAGGAUGAACAUUUGGAGAUGGAUCAACAAGAGAGUGAAUGUGUCAAACCAAGUCAGGUCACCAAAGACGAAACUCCUUUAAAGUCAGUCUCAGGUUUGGUUCGUGAUGAAACUGAUAAACCUGAUGAUAUGGUUGAUGAUAAACUCAAAGAGGAACCUAUAGAAUCAUCUGAAACAGAGAAGCCAGCCAAAACCCAAGGUGCCAGUGCUUCAAAUAAAAAGAAGAAAAAGAAGAAGAAAAACAAGCAUAAACACAAACAGUGUGACAAGCAAGAGAGUGACACAAAGAUAGAUGACAAGAAUGAAACCAUUUGUAGUGAAGACAAUCUAAACCAAAAAACAGAAGGUGAUCUAGAAGUACACCAUCAGGAGCCCUUAGAGAAUGAUAUAACUGAAACGACAGUGAAUACAGAUGUCCCACAUGAUGAUAAAAGUACCAUUGAAUUGAACAUUAUUGACACAAGCACAAAUAUAAAUGCUGAUGAUGUUCAAGAUAAAAUUCUGUUAGUUACAGAUGAAGUUCCAUCUAAAACAAUCUUAACUUCUGAUUGCCCUGCAUCUAGCAAUGACGUCCUUUCAGGUGAUCUGUCCAGCAGUAUUAUCUCUAACCCAGCAAACAUAAUUGAUGAACACACUGAGGAUUCAACCAAUCCUGAUUCCGAAGCUGUAAUCUUUAGCUGUGGGCUUGUAUCUUCAGAAACGGAGACUUCCCUGCCUCAUGAACCUUCUGCUCAGUCCGUGGAUGCCGUUGAAGUGGGUGUUGAGUUCAUGAGCAGCUCUGAGAACGUUGAGAAAUCUUCAUCAGUAGACAUCAAGGAAGUGAAGAGUCAUCUAAGCUGUGAAGUAGAAGAACAGGAGGAAAAGCUCAAGAAUACUGAUCUAGAUGGGACCACUGACCCUGAAGAUCAAGAUGACUCUGCUCAUCCCUCUUUCCCUGCAAUGGAGAACGUGGAAAGUGAAGCUGAAAGGGUAAUCCAGGAACAACCUAUUGAUCAGCCAAUGGAAAGCCAACUUCAAGAAGAUAUUGGAGCAGAAUUUAACCAGAAAGAGGUUGAGAGUCAAGAUGAACUGGAUAAAGAAAACUUUGAAGUGCCUGCUGAAAAAGCGUUUGAUACUCAAGACAGUACUGGAGCAGAAUUGGACCAGGAAGAGGUUGAGAGACUAGAUGAACUGGAUAAAGAAAACCUUAAAGUGCCUACUGAAACAGAGUUUGAUACUCAAGACAGUACCGGAGCAGAAUUGGACCAGGAAGAGGUUGAGAGACUAGAUGAACUGGAUAAAGAAAACCUUAAAGUGCCUACUGAAACAGAGUUUGAUACUCAAGACAGUACUGGAGCAGAAUUGGGCCAGGAGGAGGUUGAUACACAAGAUGAACUAGAAAAAGAAAACCUUAAAGUGCCUACUGAAACAGAGUUUGAUACUCAAGACAGUACUGGAGCAGAAUUGGGCCAGGAAGAGGUUGAGACACAAGAUGAACGGGAUAAAGAAAAUCAUAAAGUGCCUACUGAAAAGGUGGUCAAUACUCAAGACAGUAUUGGAGCAGAAAUGGACCAAGAGGAGGGUGAGAGACUAGAUGAACUGGAUAAAGAAAACCUUAAGGUGCCUACUGAAACAGAGUUUGAUACUCAAGACAGUACUGGAGCAGAAUUGGGCCAGGAAGAGGUUGAGAGACUAGAUGAACUGGAUAAAGAAAACCUUAAGGUGCCUACUGAAACAGAGUUUGAUAGUCAAGACCGUAUUGGAGCAGAAUUGGACCAGGAGGAGGUUGAUACACAAGAUGAACUAGAAAAAGAAAACCUUAAAGUGCCUACUGAAAAAGUGUUUGAUGGAGGCCAUGUUGACAACACUUCUUUAAUUGAAACCCAGGGUCAGGUUGUGCUUGAGGAGCACUUGCCUCCCAGUGAAGCAAUUCAGGAAUUAGUUGGAGAGUCAGAAGCUUCUGACCAAGAAGCCAAGGUAGAAAAAGAUGAGGAGGAAAGGUCAAUCCAAAAUCAGGUUACGCCUGAAGUGCAACUGCCUCAGGGUGAAGAAGACCUUCUGGUAAAGUCAGAUGUGGCUGCUCAAGAGCUCAAGGAAGAAGAUGAGGAAGAUGAAGAUGAAGGAGAAUCAUUUGAUUUUGAUGAAACAGAUCUCGAAGCAUCAUCAGAUGCCCCUCUAAAAAACGUUCUAGAUCAGCCAAAUGAGGAAGUUGGAAAUGUUCAAGAAGCAAGCCAUGAAUACCAAAGCAAUGUCACUGAUGAGGACCAAACUCAAGAAAAUGAACAUCUAGAAAUUUCAGAUCAGGAAUCAAAACCAAAGGAGCAGAAAGAUGAUGGACAAGACACAGAAAAACCACAAAUAACAACAGAUGUAGCAGGAUGUGUGACAGAGGACAGCCAAAUCAACAAAGUCGUCAGACCUAAUGAUCAGCAACAUGAUACUUCUGGAAAUAAAGUAGAUGCAUGUGAGGAGCAUCACCAGGCAUCAGAAGGAGUUAAUCUGAUCUCAGAGAUGGAGAAAAGAGAUGCUGGCCAAGAGAUCAAUAGUUCCAUUCACCACGAAAGAAAGACAUCAAACAUUUCAGGAGGUCAGGAAGUUGAGAAGGAAACUGCACAAAGCAACAAGGAAGAUGAAAGAAAAGAAUCUAAGAAAAGUGGAAAAGGGAAAGGGAAGGGCAAGGGGAAAGAAGAUUGUAAAAUGUCUUAAAAGACAAAGACAUUGUUAAAUCUCUUCUUAGCAUAUUAAGUCUAAGAAGUAAUUUGCACUUAUGUAGGUCCUAAGGAAAUUAUUUUGGGACCAUUACUUCAGAGAACCCUAAAACAAAGUUAUCUUACAGUCAAGCCAAAUUAUCAUUCACUGCAGCUAUUUCAGCAAACAUAUUUUAUACAUUAAUGUUUUACACCUUGGACUCUGGAAAUCAGUUCAAACAGUAUUUCUGUCAUAAUAACAAAACCAAUCACACAUUAAAUGCUAACAGUGAUGAGCAUAAAGUGUCAUAUUUAUUAUAAAAUUUACAUGAGCAUAAAUAAAAUGUUUCUCAUAACAAUAUAAAACAUGUUACUUAAUGAAAAUUACCGGCUUUCUGUUUGUGCCAGUCAUGUUUAGCAGCUGCCGAAUUACAGUGUUUUCGGUUACAAAGAUUCCAUAGUGUAUUUUGUUUAAAUGGGUGUUAUGUUUAAAGUUGUGGUAAAUAAAAAAUGUCAUUGUGUGCCAACCCUAUAAAACAUUCCUAUAAGGAAAUGACUGGAGCUUUGUAGUUACAUUUUGUUUUUACAAAUCAUUUGUUGGGAGAUAUGAUUGAAAACAAAUGGAUUUUUUUUUUUUAUUCUGUUCAGUAAAGAUGGUGUUGGAACAUUGAGAAACCUAGUGUAUGUUUACUGAACCAUCUAUAUUAAAAUAAAACAUAAGCAAUUAAAAAUA